GAGAGAGAGAGAGAGAGAGAGAGAGAGAGAGAGAGAGAGAGAGAGAGAAGUGAGGAAGGAAGAGAGGAGUGUGUCGGUGGAAGAGAGCAGGAAUCCUCCCAAGGGCCACUUGGGCAACGGAGGACAUAAUGGACUAGUAUUCCACCAUUUACAUUUAUUUUGUGUUUAUAAAUUAUUUUUUAAGCUGUUAUGGAAGAACAUUCUCUGGGAUACUUGAUGGUUGGAGCCAAAGGGGCGGGGCUCCAUGACUCACAGAGAGAUGUGGGGAGUCUCAUUGGUAGAGCAGGGAGCGUUGCCUUGGACACAUGUCUUGAGCUGAGGGACGUCACCAAGCGACAGCCAAACCCAAAGGGAGUGGACGGUGACAGGUUCCGCCUCGAAGGAAGUGAAGCACAAACUCACGCUGAUGACCUCACAGUCAGUGUGGAUCCCGCCAGCCAUCCAGAUCGAAUGUACAUCGAGGUGGGUGUGGCCAAGACGGGACUGGCGCCGGAACCCUUAAAGACCCAAACCUCCCUCAGAGAUCCUCAGGUGACUCCGCCCACUGUGGAACCUACUCUCGGCCUCGUCUCUGAUUGGAUAACGCCCCCCACGCCUCCGGCCGCCUCAGGAAACAAACACUCCUCUCGUGACCUCUCAGGACUUAGCUCGCGCGAUGGCACGAACGUGAAAGACUUCCUGAAAACAAACUCUCUCAACGAAGGCUCCCGACAGAACGCAGGCUCUCGUGACAGCAGCACAAAGUCUGGCCAAACCCCCGCCACUGGAUUCACUGAAUUCGGAUCAGACCCGAACCACGACACAGCAAAACCAAAAGCAGGCCAGCAGGACAAUCGAACCGACCAAUCCGCGGUCACCCCAACACUCCACAACAGCACCAACGCCACGCCACCGGAAAACCCGACCAAUGACAGCGCAGGGGCCCACGAGAGGCCCCUCAGCCCAUCGGGGGCCGCCCCCCAGGUCAGGUGGGACGAGGGCGGCCCGGCGGAGCGGCGCGGCGGCUCGGAGGCGGCGGGGGCGUGCGAGCGCCUGUGCUGCUGCUACAGGGUGCUCCACCGGGGCUUCCUGCAGUGCGUGGAGGAGACGCCGGCCAUGCUGCCCGGCCUGCUGCUGCUCAUGGCCUUCUGCGUGGCCAUCAUCGUUCUCAUCCCGGCCACGGACAGGACCAUCAGCCUCCACGUGGGCGCCCUGUCUGUGGUGUGCGUGGUGCUGUGCCUCAGCGCCGCCCUGCUGGUGUGUCUGCCCUGGCUGGCCGUGCUGCGCCGCUGCGGGGGGGCGCUGGCUUUGUUCGCCUGGGCGGCCCUGUACGUCACCGCCGUGGUCUUCAUCUUCACAGGGGGACCCGUGUUCGCGUGGGAGCAGGUAGCGUUCUUCCUCUUCCUCUCUUUUUCCGUCUACACGGUGCUGCCUCUCUCUCUCACUUGGGCGCUCAUGGUUGGCAUAGGAACCAGUGUGUCACACGUCAUCAUCAUCAGUGUCUACGUCCCCGUCACAAGUCCGGACACACCCGACCUGGUCGUGCAGCUUGUGGCCAACGCCGUCUUGUUAGUGUGUGUAAACGGUGUGGGCGUGUUCCAUCGGUGGAUGACUGAGCACGCCCACCGCAUGUCCAAUCAGAAGAAAGAGGAGUUCAGCAAGAUGCGCUCCGACAACGAGAUCCAGAAACUGCAGCAGGAGCACCUCCUGCUGUCGGUGUUGCCACGGUACAUCGCCGUGGAGUUGAAGCAGGAGGUCGUUAAGAGGCUGUCGGAGAACCGGAGGUCGGAGGCCAGCAGCCCGCACAACUUCCACAGCUUCUACAUACGACAGCACAAAGACGUCAGCAUCCUGUACGCAGACAUCGUGGGCUUCACCAAGCUGGCCAGCAGCUGCACCCCUGAGGAGCUGGUGAACGUGCUCAAUAAGCUCUUCGGAAGGUUCGACGACAUCGCCAAGAAGAACGAGUGUCUGCGUAUCAAGAUUCUGGGCGACUGCUACUACUGUGUGUCGGGCCUGCCGGACGCCAUCCCGACCCACGCCAGGAACUGUGUUCAAAUGGGCCUGGACAUGUGCACCGCCAUCAAUAAACUUCGAGAGGCAACCAGUGUGGAGAUCAGCAUGAGAGUGGGCGUGCACUCAGGCAACGUUCUCUGCGGUGUGAUUGGCUUGCAGAAGUGGCAGUACGACGUGUGGUCACAUGACGUCACCCUGGCCAAUCACAUGGAGUCUGGCGGACUUCCUGGACGAGUCCACAUCACUGAGGAGACAAUGCAGCACCUAGGUGGAGCAUACCAAGUGGAGGAUGCUGAUGGGGGGAGUCGGGAUGCCUUGCUGGAGGGCAGGAAGACCUACCUGGUGAUAGAUCCCCACAAGGAGGAAGAUAGUGUUGUCAAGAAGCCUCCCACGCUGACAGAUUCGGGCCGGAAGCAGCGAGCCUCCAUCAGGAUGUCUCAGUACCUGCUGUCCUGGAAAACCAUCAAUCCCUUCUCUGACCUCAACAACCCCGACGCCACGCCCGCCCAGGCCUCUGUCAGCCCCGCCUCCGCCGCCAGCGCCACCCAAUCACAGCUGGCCACGGAGAGAACACUCACUCUGGACUCUAGCAGACUGGCCCCGGGCCUGGACGCCAGCCUCAGGGGGUCCCUGGAGGACCCCAGCCUCAGGGGGUCCCUGGACACCGUGGAUGCUGAUGGGAAGAGAGCCAAGAAGCUCAACGUUGUGAGCCUCUUCUUCAACGACCUCAAGCUGGAGAAGCAGUUCCGUCUGUCUGAGGUGAAAGGAUUGCAUCACUCUGUUGGCUGUUUGGCGUCCAUCUUUGUAGCUGUGUUCACCGUCCAAAUGCUCGUGUCUGACAAGAACUUUGCCAUGGCGGUGUCGUAUGGCGUCACAUUCCCCAUCCUGAUCCUGAUCCUGUCUGUGGUCUGCACAGGCUACCUCCAGAGGUGGCGGUCUAAGAUGCCCCUGAGUGUGCGCUGGGUGUCGGGGCUGUCUCAGGGGGUGUCCAGCAGGGCGGCGCUGAGACUGCUGCUGGUCUGCUUCAGUCUGCUCAUCUCACUGCUCAUGGCCAUCCUCAACUUUUUCUUCAUCACAUUCCCAGAAGCAAACUGUACCUCCACCUUGUACGAUGGAACCGUUCUGGAAGGACCGAGGUUCUACACGUUCCCUUACUACCUGUACUGCUGCUUGCUGGCCAUGCUGGGAGUGACGGUGUUUGUGCGGGUGGCCAUGUCGGUGAAGGUGCUGCUGUUGACCCUGGCUGUGACGGUGUACCUGGCCCUCUUCCUGUAUGUCUACGCCCCCCGCUCUGACUGCCUGCUGGACACGCUGCAACGCUACAACCACAGCAGUCUGGGAGUCCUGAAGGAGCCGAAGAUAAUGGCGGGGGUUUGGCUGUUCAUCUUCUACUUUACCUGCAUCAUACUGGCUCGACAGGAUGAGCUGGCCUGCCGUGUAGAGUUCCUGCUGCAGUGUUGCUUUCAGACGGAGGAGGAAGAGAUGGAGACCACGGAGAACGUCAACAAGCUGCUGCUCCAGAACAUUCUGCCUCUGCACGUCACCUCCUUUUUCAUGGGCAAGACCAUACGCAACCAGGACCUGUACAGCCAGUCAUGUGACUGUGUGUGCGUCAUGUUCGCCUCUGUGCCGCAGUUCAAGGAGUUCUACAACGAGAGCAGCGUGAACAAGGAUGGACUGGAGUGUCUGCGCUUCCUCAACGAGAUCAUCGGAGACUUUGACGAGCUCCUCUCCAAACCAAAGUUCUGCUGUGUGGAGAAGAUCAAGACCAUCGGCAGCACGUACAUGGCAGCCGCCGGGCUCACCAACCCAGCAGCACGACCAGAGAGGAAGGAAUGUGACUUCUCCUACAACCAUGUGCGUAGCAUGGUGGACUUUGCCAUCGCUCUGAUGGCCAAGCUAGAGCUCAUCAACACGCACUCCUUCAACAGCUUCAAGCUCCGGAUAGGGAUAAACCACGGGCCGGUGAUCGCGGGGGUGAUCGGGGCUCACAAGCCCCAGUACGACAUCUGGGGGAACUCUGUGAACGUGGCCAGCAGGAUGGACAGCACCGGAGUCCUGGACAAGAUCCAGGUGACGGAGGACACGGCCAUGGUGCUGCAGACGCUGGGCUACACCGUCACUCUCCGGGGGGUCAUCACCGUCAAGGGCAAAGGAGAGCUGACCACCUACUUCAUCAACACUGACCAAUCAUUGCCACAGUUCUGACCUCACCGGCCAAUCACAAUCCCGCAUGUACAUUUAUUCAUUUAAUUUAGCAGACACUUUUAUCCAAAGUGACUUCCAAGAUGUGCCCAGAUCACAGACACUGACUAAUUAGGUCCUCUGACCUGACCAGCCAAUGAUUAACCACCUAUCAUGGUUAUUGCUGUUGACUGUUCUGACAAAUGUGAAUGAGGUGUUUUGACUGACUGGCUACUGCAAGAUAUUGCUGUCUAGGGUAUCCAUUACUAACUGUAUCAAUUUCCAAACUGUAUCCAUUACUAAAUUACUUAAAGGCUAUUAGAUUAAUCUUUGGCGUUUCUGCACUACGACCAAUAGGCAUGGACACAGAAUCUGAGUCAACCAAUGAUAAUGUAUUUAUUGUUAUUUAUGCACUGUAUGGCCUACUGUGAAGAGUAGGUCAAAAACGAUUAAAUAGUUUAGUUGCCAUGGGAAUGUUUGAAAGGGACCUGUGCUACAUAAACUACUUGAAAGUGCUGCCUAACUGUACAUAAAGAGGAAAACCAGUGCCAUUAUUGACAGGGAAAAUAUGUUUAUAGCUUUAGAAUAUUUAUAUGAAAAUCCUAUAGCUUUUCCUAUUUUGUGCAUAUUGAAUUUUCUGAUAUUUUGUAUAUUAUUUUAAGAGAUUGUAUUUUUUUAAAUUUUCUAAACGACUUUGUAAGAGUGCCUGGACACAAAUUGCUAACUUAUAAUUAUAUAUUUCCAUAUGUACUGCAGUAUGAUAUUCUUUGUUUUGUUUGGACUUAAGACACCUGAAUGUAAAGUGAUCACUUCUGCUGCAAACGUAGUACUGCGAAACCGUAAUAUGAAAAAGAAAAAAAAAAGCUCUACUUUAACUCCUUCCAAUAAAUCGUAUUAAAUAUG